AUGCCUGUGGUCGACCUCCAUCACCAACGAAGUCAAGCUGCGAGUCUACUUAUCCACAAUUCGCCCUAUCAUGAUGUACGGAUCGGAGCACCAUCAGCGGUUAUGGAGAGGCUUGACUGUACGGGACGAAAGCUGCUUAGACGGUUACUUGGCUACUUUUGGCCUGUCACAAUGAAGAUCUCUACGCAGAAAUUGAUGUGGAGACCGGCAAAUCGCCUUGUUCAACGAGUUCUGAGGAGUUUGCCUUGUUCAAGCUGGAAGAAGCCACCAGGCCGAAAACGGAAGUUCUGGACUGAACUGGUGAAAGAGGACCUGAGGACACUCGGCGUGGAUAGGCAGCUCAAGCGAGACAAGAUCGAGAAGGUUGGGCAGAGCUGUGUUCAAGGACGGCACACCUCGGCGAAGAUGCGGAUAAUCGCGUCAGGCGAUGACAUCAGUCCGCCGAUUAAGUCAAACGAUGGUGUCGAAGAGCUCAGGAAACAAGUGAAAGAAGGCACAUAUGAUACAUAUCCGUUUCUUCCAAAUACGCUCAUUCAACCAUUCUUUCGAUACAAAGAACUGUACAAGGUGUCGCCAAAAUACUCAGUCACCACAUGUCAAAUCGAAAAAACAACAUCUCUACUGAAAGACGCUAUAUUUUGUUUUUUGAAAAAUCCAUGGAAAUUUCGAGCGAAUGGUCGACGAAUCAGCACUGAACAGUAUUUUACUCGCCAAUGCAAAGACGAGUACCUUGCAAAGAAUUACUCCAUCGUUGGAAAAUCUCUUGGGCGAAUAAAGUUUGCUGUAUUACGAGAUCCUAUCGACAGGUUCCUGAGUGGAUUUGUGCACAUAUGCAUUAUGAGGCCCAAGGACGUAGACACCCGCUGUUUUGCAUGCCGAGGUGAUCUAACGUGCUUCGUGGAGGCUUUCUAUAAGAAGUUGCAAGAAGUGUACGCCACCAAAAAUAACACCUACAAUUUCGAGGUCGCCCACUUGGCGCCGCAGACAUGGUAUUGCAAUUUCAAAGAGCAUUUGGAUGACUUCAUUUUUAUUCGCUAUCAGAAGUGUCCGAGCCGGAUUUCAGCAUAUGCUCGGGAGCUGGAUAAGAUAUUUAAGAUGGCUCGUGUUCCCGAAGAGCUGCGCAGAGAGAUCUACAAUGAAAUUCUUGUUGGACGAACGCCGCACACCACUCGUGACAGCGGUCCACGCCACGCUGCUGAGCGCGAAUUGUUCAACAAUCGAACGUUAUUGGACAUAGUGUUGAAGAUAUACUUUUAUGAUUACAAAGUGUUCGGAUUUUCUCUCCCUGAUUGA